AAGACCUAUAACGACUUAAGAAACCCGCCCACGCCGCCAGGCGCACGCCAAUUCCUCCCUCUCUCGCCGAAACCCUCCUGGACACUCGCUGCGAUGGGCAGGAAACCCUCCUCCGCCGCCGCCGCCGCGGCGAUGGACCACGAAUUCCUUGCGGCCGCCAUGCCCGCCGACCUCCUGGCCGCGGCCGACUGCGGUGGCAUCCACGGGCAUGCUCUCUUCUUCGACGCCCUCGUGCAGCUCAUCCCGCCGCGCUUUUAUCUCCCAUCCGGCGACGAGGACCGCCCGUGGCACCAGGGCCUGUCCAAGGCGGCAAAGGCGGCCUUGAAGGCCAAGUCCCGCGCCAACACCAAGGCCGCCCGCCGCGCCCGCCUCAAUCCCUCCACGCCGCCCGCCUCCACCCUCGACCUCCUGAAGAAGUCCGUCGCCGGCCAGGCAGCGGAGGAAGAGGAGGAGAAGUCAGAAGAAGAGAGCGGGGCAUCUGGGGAUGAGGAAAGCUCCGAGGAUGAUAUUGAUGAGGAAGCCGGGGAUCAAGAGGAUGAAAUGCCGAUUGCACCCGCUGCAGUGGUGUCUGAGGAUCGUUCCGUGACCUAUGAGGAGCUGCGAGAACGCCUUCAACGCCGCAUUACUGUGCUUCGAGGCAACCGGUGCACCAGGCCUGAGUUCUUGAAUAAGCCCAGGAAGGAGAAGGGUAAGAAGUCAAAGGCGAAGAAUGAAAAGAAGGGCAAAGGUGAGGGCAUGAAGCGUAAGCGUGAUGAUGGCACCGAAGAUGUGGAUGUCAAGGAUGGGAAGAAGGUAAAGAAGGAAGCUGAGGAGAAGCCAGAUAUCAUGUACGCAAAUGUGUUUGUUGACCCAAAGGAAGCAAGGCGCAGGAAGAAGAGGAGGGUUAAGAACAAGAAGAAGGCACUGGAGCAGGCUAAACGGUUGCAGGAGGCAAAGAAGGAUCCUGAGAAGGCAAGCAAAAUUGCUUGGGAUGUGGCCAGAAGACGUGCUGCUGGUGAGAAGGUCCAUGAUGACCCCAAGCUGAUUAAGGAGAGCUUGAAGAAGGAGGAAAAGCGGCAGCAGAAGCAUGCUGCGCAGUGGAAGGAGAGGCAGAAAACUGUAGAUAAGCAGAGGAAGGACAAGCAGAAGAAAAGGACAGAGAACAUCCGGGAUCGGGCACAGCAGAAGAAGAUGCGCAAGAUUGAGAAGCGUGAGAAAAAACUUAUGCGCCCUGGGUUUGAGGGGCGGAAGGAUGGUUAUGUCAACGAGUAACAUCUGUGUCCAAGUUUGUCUGGAUGAUGAAUUACUAUGUCCUCGUUUAGAGUUUCAUUUGCCCCUAUGGGUAGUUGGUGCUUGUAAUAGGUUACCAGAUCAUGGCUGCUGAAGUGCCUUAAUUAUUGAAUGAACCGAACUUUUGUUAUAUAGCAGUUCUACAGAUGAUUUUGGAGUUGCUAUAGUAUAUGGUUGUGUUUAGUUUUA